CACGACGCGAUAUUUCUUUCCUUAGCAUGGAAUUGUUGGCAGAAUCAAUUAUAGAGCGUUCAAAAUCGACGCAGAUAUUGUGCGAAGAAAGUCAAAUUGACGAGAGUACGGCUGCAGCGGUACAGACUGUUGAUGGAGAUGUUCUGGGACGAUUGUUUGUGUUUACUCCUUCUGGUCCACAAUCAGUUAUAAAUGUGACAAACGAGAAGGACAUUAUUGUCGGAAGAUCACCAAGCUGUUCUUUUCAAUUGAGUCAAUCAACUGCAAGCAACAAACAUUUUCGAAUCUACGUUGUAGUUAUUGACGAUGAUAUGGACCCGUUAAUUUAUUGUCAGGACCUAAGUUCUAAUGGAACAUUUCAUAAUCGGAACCUGAUAGGAAAAGGACGUGUUGUGCUUUUAUCGGAUGGCGAUGUCCUUGACAUUCGUCAUUGUGCUUCUUUUCUGUUUCAGCAAAAACUAAAAUUUGCAGAGAAGGUUGAACAUGAAUACACUGGAGACGAGUACACAAUCUCAAAUCGUCUCCUGGGGUGUGGUGGCUUCUCAAAAAUCUAUAUGGCUUGCAAUAAGAAAACGGGCAGACAAGUUGCUUGCAAGAUAAUUGAUAAAUCAAAGCUUUCAUCCAAACAUUUUUUGGAAGAUCAUGAAAUUAAAAUCUUGCGUGAAUUAAAGCAUCCCAAUAUCGUGCGAACAGAAAUGGACUAUAAUUCGAAAAACCAGUUUUUCAUCUUUGAGGAACUAAUUACAGGCGGCGACUUGUUCAGUUAUUUAAACAAAAUGGGAACUGUUCCUGAAAUUAAUUGUCUGCUUAUCGUAUAUCAAAUUUUAAAAGCACUGCACUAUCUUCAUAAACAGAAUAUUGCACAUCGCGACAUAAAACUAGAAAACAUUUUGCUCGUCUCCUCAAAUGAGUUAUUCUUUCGCAUUGUUCUCACCGACUUCGGCGUUGCUCGACAAGCGGAAAACGGACAACGCAUGUCAACGUACGUGGGUACGCCAGAGUAUACAGCUCCUGAGAUUAAGGCAAUCAAGCGUCGAAAGCUUCAGCGCGGUGAAUGUUCGUACGGCCUUGAAGUUGAUUUAUGGAGUCUUGGAAUAAUUCUGUACCUUCUCUUGUCCGGUACUUCGCCCACUUUUCAAGCAAAUCCGGAAACGCUUCAACCACAAGUUCAAUUCACGGGAAACAUUUGGAAAAAAGUAUCACGACAGGCCAGAGACUUAAUUACUAAACUUCUGGAGCCUGAACCCUCUAAACGUUUAAACGUCCUUCAAACUCAAAACCAUCCUUGGAUUGCCCGACACAGAUCCAGGCUCGAAAAAUUAUAUGAAAAACAUGUUCUAUGUUGUAUAUAAACUCAAAUGAAACAGCGACGAAAACGACAUAUCUAACGGCACCAAACAUUUGACACAAUAACUUUAUAUCAGUACUGCCUCCCAACAAAUGAGGUAACAAAUCUAAUUAAAUAUAAGAUGGUAUAGUAAUUACCAAUAUACAACAGUUAUAAGUCUUUAAAAAGUAGACGUGUUAUUAUGCGACCGAAGAUAUAACUGAUUUCGGAAAGCAUAAAAAUCCCGACUAAUUCUAUUUAUCGUUUGCACUAAGUUUGAACGACCUGCAUUCUCCUGAUUAACGAAAUUAGUAAAUGAUUGUUGUAAACCAGCAAGAGAGUUUUGAAAAGCGGUGUUCCGCAGAAAAAGAUCUUUUGUAGCUUCUUUAACAUUCUCGACAGAUUUCGUGAUGCUGAUAAUCUGAGGCUUUAUAUGAUCAAAUUCACUAAUUAAAACAGUAACGGCCGGUGGUAUGUCGGUUUUGGUAUCGCUUAUAGCAACGAGUCCUUUUGAUUUGCUAACAGGCACUGUUUUAAUUAUGUGAAACAUCAACUUUAUCGCGGCCUGGAUUCGGUUGUCAUAUACACGGAGCUUUUCAUGGAAGUACGUGUCUGUUGCACGCAUUCGGCUCUCGAGACAACUAUAUUGAUUGCCGGAGUCGUCCUUCUAAACAAGAUAAUUAGCUCAGAAAAAAUAAAUGACGCAUACACAUACCUUCUGCUUCAUCGUUU